AUUCCUAGUAGUCUGGCGUUCGCCGCGUAUCCUCAUACACUUUUCGAACCAUAUGCGAGCGAUUGUGUGAUACCGGUAUGGAUGAAAAAGAUCACCGUGUAACAAACAGUUCAUUUUUGAUAAAAGUGCAAAGAAAAGACUCUUAAAAAAAAACAUUAAUAAACAAAAAAAAAUUAUUUAGAAAUAAUUAAAAACAUUAUUCAUAACGACAAGUAUUUUAUCACAAGAUUUUUAAGAAAUGUUUUAAACGACUGAUUUUUUAUUGCUGAUGAUAUUGAACACUAAGUUGGUGGAUGGAAAGAUAGUAAUGAAGAAAAAAAAUAGUGAUUAAUAAAUCGAUAAGUUAUUUGAAACAAUAAAUAUACAAGUAAAUCACCGAAUUUAUUUCUUACAAUUAAAUGUACUAUCCAAAGACUCUGUUUAUAGUUCAACGAGAUCCAGAAACAUGUGGAGAAUCGUGCAAACCCAAAAAUAAACGGAUUUCCUUGUAGAACAUUAUGCAUAAAGUUGAGUGAACUAUCCUGGAUAAAUUUUGUCAAGACAUUAUUUAAAUACCAAUUUUUUGAAAAUAAUGACUUGGUAUUUUUUAUGUAAAAUUAUUUAAACUUAAAUAGAGAAGGAGUUCAAGUGUAUUACAAUGAAUAAAAUAAGACAGCUUCGUAGUGGAAUAAAGAAUGUGAACGUCAACUGGACAGAUAAACAUAGUGAGAAUUAGAGCCGAGAAUUGGUGCCGAGGUUUUUGUGGUUAAAUUGUGCAUAAAUUGGUGGGUCGAGGUUUAUUGCAAUUUAUGUCUCAUGGGCAUUGUUCCAAAGCGAUAAUGAAUGAAUUCUAAAUCAUGAAAAUUUCUCAUAACUAAAUACUAAACAUGUGUGACAGCAUCUCUUAUUUAUUGUGAUAAAAUGAUAAUGAAAAUAGCUGGAAUAUUCAAGUAUCAAGACCAAAAACUUUAUCCAAAGAACCUUUUCAAAGCAAUCAGAAUUAUUUUACCUAUUUUUGUUCAUUCAAAUACUCUUCAUUGGCCAAGUACCAACAGUUAUCGUUCAGUAAAGCUUGAAGAAUUUUCAAACAGUCGAAGGUGCUCAAAAAUAACUAAAUACAAAUUCUAAAACAAUUAAUUCUUAAACAAAAUUUUAUACUUUGCCAAAUUAUUUCAGUGAUGUGAAUAAUAUUCAUUAUAUAAAGAUAUCGAAACAGUGAUGUAAUGCAGUGACCAAGUGAUAAGAUAGGAAGGUAUAAAUUAUAAAAAGAUGUCAUUCUGCAGAAUUACGGGGAGGAGCAGAGGCCUCCCCAAGCCAAAUUACUUUCCGUUACUUCCGCCAAUCAGUCCUGCAGAUGCAAAAAGAUUUUGUCGUAUUACUGGAAAAUCUUAUGGUCUUCCAACUCAUCAUUACAUUCCUGUUUUACUUGGCGUUCACAGCCACGAUAAAUCUAAAUGUCGUAUCACAACUGCUUCUGGAUUGGGUCCUCAUCAUUACAAUGCUGGUUUGGUUCUUGGAGAAAGACGUAAACAUGUGAUUUUAAAAGACUAUCGUUAUGUAUUCCCUGUUCUUGAAGGAGAAGGUGAACAACAAAAAGCUUUAAGAGAUUUAUUAAGCACCAAAGAACCAUUUGAAGAUGAAGAAAAUCUAAACUUUGUUUACACUGUAAAAGAAAGACGUUGCAGUUUAGUAUUUCCAGCACGUUUAGAAGCUGCAGUGAGAGAUGGUGAUGUAAAAGACGUGAUGUUAUCAAGAGACUGUGAUACUGUUUUGCUAAGAUUGAAGCAAGGAAAAAAUGUUUCAGUAGAUUUUAAAGAUCUCCAAGAUUUUGAUCAUUUAUAUGAUGGACUUGGACCUAGAGAAGAUGUACUCAAAGAACGAGAAAGACUGGAAGCUGAAGCAAGAAAACGUAAAAAGAAGAAAGCUAAUGGUCUAAAUUAUGCUAAACGAAUAUUCGAAGAAAAAGAAAGAGCUGCUGAUGAAGAAGAGAUGCGAACAUCGAUGCAGAUCAAGCUAAAAAGUAUUAAGGAAGACGUUAAAGAAGAAAAAGUUCUCAAUUGGAAAAAUGUUGAUUUGAAUCAAGUAAAAACUAGUCGAGCACAAUUUGCAAUGAUUUCUGAUAGUUGUAACAACCUUGUACAUCCAAUUGCUACUUCUUGUGAGUGGAAAACGUUUGAAAGGGACAUAGCGAAAUUAAAAGGAACUCCAAUUGUUGAUACACUUCCUAAAGGAAUUCAAAUAGAACCUCAAACUGUUGAUAUUGAAUCAACAGAAAUUGGAGCAGUUACAACACCGAUAUCAGAAGAAACUGGUGGUCUUGAAGCUAUUUCUGUCAUCAAACCAUUUACUCCUUUGACUGUGGAACCAGAUCCUCUAAUUCAAGAGGCAUUGAUUAAUUUAAAACCUGCUGAACUUGAAGAAACUGCACAUGUUAAAGAAAGAUUAAUUCAUGCUGGAAAAGAAGCAUUAGAUACUCUACCAAUUGUCGAAGAAAUCCCUAAUAUCGUGAAAAAUGUUUUAAAAGGAACUAAACAUGAAAUAAAUAAGGUUAAAGGUUUGAAGAUUGAUAUUGAAUCUGCUCAACGAUUCGUAACAGGAAAAACAAUUCAAACACCUAGUGGUCCAGUUUUUGUACCUGGACAAACCUUAGAAACGCCUCAGGGUCCUGCUUUCGUUCCAGGUUUCACAGUUCACACUCCGAAUGGCCCUAUUCUUAUUCCAGGACAAAUAGUGAAUAUUCAAGAAGGAAAUCAACAAACUCCCGUGUUCGUUGCUGGACAAACCCUCGAGACAAAAUGUGGCACUAAAUUCGUUCAGGGGCAAACAAUUCAUACAGAUAAAGGAGCUAAAUUUGUAGCUGGACAAACUGUGCUGACUGAUGAAAGUCCUAAAUUCGUUGCCGGACAUGUAGUAACACAAGAUCAGUUUGUCCCAGGCCAAACAAUUGUUACUGAAGCUGGACCAAGAUUUAUGCCAGGACAAACUAUUACGAAUGAGCAUGGAGAGCAUAUAUUUAUUCCUGGACAGAGUAUGAAAGUUAAUGAAUCUUGGGAGUUUGUACCUGGUCAAUGUUUAACAUCCUCUAUUGGAGAAUCUAUGUUUGUACCUGGAAAAACAAUGCAAACAAAUGAAGGUUUACGUUUUGUUGCUGGACAAGACGUCGUUACGAAAACUGGAGAAAAUCAAUUCGUACCUGGAGUAACAAUAGAAACACCAAAAGGACUUGAAUUUGUUCCUGGGACAACUUUGGAGACUCCAGAUGGUAUUAAAUUCGUGAGAGGAAUGAUAAUGGAUACUAACGAAGGCAAAAAAUUCAUCCCAGGCAUGACAAUAGUUGGAUCAGAUGGUUUUGAAUUUGCUGCAGCAAAAGAUAUUAAAAAUGUUACAUUCCUCGAUGCUGGACCAAUUGGUAUUCCAGUGGAUCCGAAAACUGCAAAUGCAGUAUCUUUGACACAACAACAAGAAAUAUUUGGUUACAUGGUGCAAACAGAACAUGGAGUGGAAUUUAUUCCAGAAUCAAUAAAAAUAGUUCCUGAAGGAAAACGAAUUGUACCAGGACAACUGGUUAGAGGAGGAAAAGAUGGACCACGAUUUGUCCCGGGAAUGAUGACCAGUGAUGGAUUUUUACCAGGACAAAUGGUUAUGACAGAAAAUGGAGAACAAUUUGUACCAGGACAAGUAGUAGAAACUAGUACUGGACCAAAAUUCGUACCUGGUAGAAUGGUAGAAACUCGCACAGGUCAAAAGUUUGUUCCAGGACAGACAGUAGAGACAGCCGAUGGUCCGAGAUUUGUUCCAGGUCAAAUAGUACAGACUAAAGUGGGUCCUACAUUUAUUCCUGGACAAAUAAUAUCAACAGAUGAUGAAGGAUCACGUUUCGUACCAGGACAAGUAGUAGAUACUCCAGAUGGACCUCGAUUUGUGCCAGGAAGAGUCGUUGAAUCUGGGGAAUUGGGUAUUACUUUUGUGCCGGGACAAAUAGUUCAGACUGAGGAAGGACCGAGAUUUGUAGCUCCAGAUUUGAUGGAUACUCCUGAAGGAGAAAUACAAUUCUCAGUUCAAGGAUUUGAAGUAACUCCUGAGGAAUUAGCUUUACUUCAACCUGGUCAUUUGCAAUAUAAUUCUGCAUCUCACCAUUCUGGUGAAACGAGCAUUGAUGCGAGAAUGUUUAGACAAUUAUCAGAAGCAGGAUUAUCAAUUGGAAGAAAAGUAUCGGAGAUUGUUCCGAAAGUAGAUGUCGAUGUAGAUCCAACUGCAGUAGCUUUAGAAAAUGCUUUAGUUAUAGCAGAAAAACUUGGACUUAAAGGAAAUUCAGCUGUAAAAAUGGCUCAGAUUGUAGCAACUGUAGCACAACUAGCUGAUAAUAUUGUUAAACAACAUCUUAAAGAAGAAAAAUUAAACUUUGGAUCUCUAGUUAACGGACAUCCUUUGAAUACAGGUUUACCAAAUGGGAAUGCUCAAAAUAGUCAUGAUGAAGGUGUUUAUUGGUUCCACGAAGCUGUGAAAGCAGCAAUAGCAGCUGCAGUACUAGCAAUAACAGAUCAUAAUGAUGAAAAUACUGAAGAAAAUGAAGAUAACAAUCGUUCUUACGUUUUAUCGUCUAUUAGUGAAGCUUUUAAUGUUGUUCUCCGUCAAGGUUCAACAUCUAUUGAGGAUGCAGUAAAUGAAGUACUAAAAAUUCUCUUAGUGCCACAGAAACGUAGUGCACUAUGCCAAGGAGCAAUUUUAGAUAUUUUGGAAUCGAGUAAUAAUAAAAUUGAUAUUUUAAAGUCAACAAUUGUUGGGCAGUCAUUAAAAAAUGAUAUAGUAUUAGACAGACUCUCUGCAGUUCUAGAAGAAGAGCAUGGAAAUGAUUUAGUAGGUUCUGCAUUUCGUUCAGUAUCGAAAGAUGAUCCAGAAUUAGUGUCCAGAGUGUUGGAGAAAGUUUCACAAGAAGUAGCUGGAGUGGCAACUGAAAGAGAAGCUGCUGAGACAGUUCACAAAGCAAUCGUACAAGCCGUACGAGAAUCUAGUGAGCUCAAAGUGAAAGAGCUUUUGAAUGAUGAAGGAAAUCAUGUAAAAGAGCUUAUUCUUCAAGCUAUUGGAUUAGCAAGAGCAUUGGGAAUGUCAUCAACAGCAUCUAGCUUACUCGCUGUAAUAAGUGAUGAAAAGUCCACUCAAGCUUUGGCAGGAGAUAAAGUAACAUUGGAUAUUUUAAAACGACUAACAGUAAUGCGAAAAUUGGCUGAGGAAAAACCUCCGUUCAUAACAGCUUUAAGAGAACUUACCAGUGAUCCAGAAAUGGCUCGAAGUGAUCCACACCUUAGGACAUUGGUUCGAGAGAGUGCUGCUUUAAUGAUAGUCCCAGAAGAAGCUCCUCUCCAAUCUUCUGUUGAUGUUCCGAUGAGUCUUCUUCAUGCAGAAAAUAGUCUUGCUAUCGAAGAUUUUUUGAUAAGGAAAAAUCAUAAACCCUCGACUAUUUUUAUGAUUUUGAAGCAUGGCAUACAAGCUGUUGUACCAAGGGAAGCUUCUCGAGCUGUUCUCACUGGUCAAGUUGCCUACACAGUCCUGCAUGAAGAUGGUAUCACACAUUUUGAACCUCUACAUGUGUUUAAUGCUUUAAGAUUAAGUAAACCAACAGCACAUCGAUUUUCUAUGUAUGCUUGCCCCGUUGCUGGGGAAGAAGACUUUGAGAGUGACUUGACGUCAACAUUGACAAGAUACGUGUCGAUAACUUCCGUUAACAGUCUUGAUGGUUUAGUUAAUGGACGGUAUCACUCAUCGCUUGAUAGUUGCGGUGUUACCCUCACUAAGUCUGACAGAACGAUUGAAAAUUCUUUUAGUAGGGAAAAUACUCCGAGCUUCCGAAGACUUAGUAGUCUUUAUCUAGAAACAGAGAAGAGUGUGAUUGAUAACUACAUCGUGGUGAAAGACUAUGCAUCAACAGAAGACAAAACAUUUUCAGUCAAAGUUGGAGAUAUUGUAGAAGCUAUUGAAUAUUCCGAAGACUCAAUCAAGAAACCAAAAAUGGAUCCAGAUUUAGAGGUUGGUGAAAUUGGCGCAUGUUUAGACAGCUCAGCAGCAAGACACAAAAUAUCGGUUCGACCUAAAAGAAGAUAUACAGAUCCUCGAUAUCGAGUGAUCAAAAGAUCUAAUUCAGAUUCUGAUCUCCAAAGAGCACGAGUUAGAAAAAUUGAUGGACAAGAAGGAUGGGUUCCUAUGUCAAUUCUCAUGCAGACUGCUCUCAGCGAAGACAGUUCAACCCUAACUGCUCAUCGUCCAGAAGAUUCUCAAUACCGACGAGAAGCUGUUGUGAAAGAACUCGUUGAAACUGAGGAAGAAUUUGGAAGAGACCUUCAACAGGUGGUUGAUCGAUAUUUAAAGCCUCUAGAUAAUCCUGGAGUACCACGAGCUGUUCGUGAUAAUAAAGAAAUCAUCUUUACUAAUUUCAAACAAAUAGCUGAUUUCCAUAACACAUCGUUUGGCAGGGUACUAAUUGAGGGUGUCAAGUACUAUGCGGACCAACCACGGAUGCUGGGAAAGACAUUUUUGAGACUGGAGAGAGAUUUCGACAAACAUGUGGCAUAUUGUCGAGAUGAACCUGCUGCUCAAGAAUUCUUGCAAGCUAACAAUGAAGUUCGAGAUUAUUUUGAGGAACUAAGCCAGACCCUCGGAGACGACAAAAGCGUGUCGGAACAUUUAAAACUUCCGAUACAACGCAUCAACGACUACCAGCUUUUACUUAAGGAGCUGGUUAAAUAUUCGACUCGCCUUGGCGAAAACUGCGACGACCUCCAGAAAGCUCUGGAGUUGAUGCUAGGUAUUCCUCAUCGUGCUACCGAUAAUAAAUUUAUCAGUAAUAUCGAGGGAUACAAAGGAAAUAUCCAUAAACUUGGACGAUUACUAACACAUGAAUGGUUUACUGUGAUCGAUAAAGACGGAAAAAGUAAAGAAAGAUACUUAUUUUUAUUUAAAGCACGAAUACUCGUUUGUAAAGUAAGACGCAUUUCGGAGGAUAGAUCAGUUUUUGUCUUGAAAGAUAUAAUUCGACUACCAGAAGUAGAAGUCAAAGAUUUUCCAACCGAUCAACGAUCAUUUGAAUUACAUCAGCCAGGAGUAGCAGGCUACCCAAUAACACUAGUAGCUCACAAAGAUCUCGUUAAAGAAUAUUGGCUAAAAGAAAUCCGACAGCACGCAAGUGACUUGUUGGCACUUGCUGAACAUGCUGCUGAUGAUCUUCAAGUAAGUGAAGAGAAAGUAAUUACUGACGACAACAAAGGGACAAAGAUUGAACAGCCAAAGCCUACACCUAUACAAGCAAAAACACAAAUUAAAGAGACUCAACAAGAGGUUGCUAAGAGUGGGGUUCAGGAAGCUAAAGCUGCGGAAAAAAGAAAAGAAAGUCUAACAAAAGUAGAAGAAUUAGAGACGAAGAAAUCCAAGACUGCUGAAGAAAGCCAAGAAAUGUCGGAACGAUAUUCAUCAAGUCGCUACAGUGCUUCUACGAAAAUAGUUGAGGAAUAUUCAUCAAUAUCAAGCAGUCGUAAUGGCGCUACGUCAUAUGCAGAAACUGCAACAGCAGUAUCUCGCACUGAAAGAAGAGCAUCAUCUUCAUUGCAUGGUACAGAAAGACUAGCAGAAUCUAGCUCAUAUCAAACAGUUACCAGUGGAACAACUGCAGGAGAUACGAAGGUUGCAAAAUUAGCAGUCACUUCUACUGAAACCGGAAAGCCUAAAUUUGUUAAAACUAUUGAGGGCAUUAGCGCUGAACCCAUCCGAGCAAAACAGGCAAUGAUUCACGUAAUAGCCGGUGAAAGUGCUACAUUUGAAUGCAGACUGGAAUCAAGUGGAUCCUAUCGAAUGCAUUGGCUGAAAGACAACAAGCCUCUAGAUGAAUCAUAUGCAGAUAGAGUAAAAAUUUCGACGACUGAUAAUAUCUUCAAGUUAGAAAUUAAUAACAUAACUGAAAAAGAUUCUGGAAUUUACACUGCUCGUGCUGCUAAUGGAGAUGGAAAUGCAACAUGUACAGCACAACUUGUAGUUGAAAAUCUCACUGCUGAAGAACGCAAGGCCAAAGAUGAAUCAAAAGCUCCAGUCUUUUUAGUAAAAUUAAAAGAUACGGAACUGCUGGAAAAUACUUAUCUUCGCUUUAUGAUUAAAGUCAGAGGAAAUCCUAAUCCUGAUGUGAAAUUCUUCAAAGAUGGAGUUUCUAUUGAUUCAAAACAUGAACGAAUCAAGAUUAUAAAUGAAAAAGCAGAUAAAGGAUUCUAUGAGCUAUUAAUUCCUGAUAUUCAAAAGACAGAUGCAGGCAAAUAUUCUUGUACGGCUACAAAUCAAUAUGGUGAAGCAUCAUGUGAAGGGACACUGACGAUAACAGAUGAAAAAACGUUAUUUGCGGGUCUUCCGGAAGGAAUUUUUGAACCUGGAACUGAGCCACAAUUUAAAUGGCUUCGUGACGGAAAACCAUUUGAUCCAGAAGAUAGAUUUAAAGUUCUAUUCCAAGAUAAUGAAGAUACUUUGGCACUAGUAUUUCAACAUGUAAAGCCUGAGGAUGCAGGACUGUACACAUGUGUUGCUCAAACGAGUACCGGGAACAUCAGUUGCAGCGCUGAAUUGACAGUACAAGGAAAUGUAAAACAAUUACUUAAAGAACCAGCUAAGCCAGUUUUAGGUAGUGAAUCUAAACAAUCUGAAGUAAGUGCUGGUGGAUCUGCAAUGUUAGACCUUCAAGUAAAAGGAUUCCCCAAGCCAGAUAUUACUUGGACCAAAGAUGGAAAAGAAAUUGUUGCUGGAGGUAGAAUAAAAUAUUUAUGGGAAGAUGAAGAAUCUCUAUCACUUGUCAUUAAAAAUGUAACUAUUGAUGAUGCUGGAACUUAUGUAGUCAGAGCUAAAAAUGAACUUGGAGAAGAUACAACAUACAUUGAAUUGAUUGUCAAAUCAGCACCAAAAAUCAUUAAAAAAAUGACUGAUACUUUUGCUUAUAUUGAAACAGAUGCCACGAUGACUGUUCAAAUACAAGCUUCUCCAGCUCCCGAAGUAAAAUGGUAUAAAGAUGGACAAGUGAUAGAAGCUUCUGAUCGUAUUAAAAUCAGCCAAGAAGGAGAUCAAUAUCAUUUAACUAUCAAAGAAUGUAGGUUAGAAGAUAUUGGAUCAUAUUCAAUUAUUGCGAAAAAUGAAAUUAAUCAAACAUCAGAUUUCUGGAGCUUUGAUGUUAAGUGUCCACCAAAAAUUAAAAAGAAGCUGGGAGAGUCAAGGAUUGUUAAUGAAGGAGAUACACUGACAUUACAAAUUGAAGUCGAAACACCUCCUGAGCCAACUGUUAUUUGGAUGAAAGAUGAAAUUGUAAUAAAAGAAGAUCAUCGUAUUGAAAUUAUUAGUGACGGACCAAGGCAAAUAUUAAAAAUUACUGGAACAAUUGACACUGACGCUGCUACUUAUAAAGCACAAGUAUCGAACAAGGAUGGUACCACAGUUGACCAAAUCGGAAUUGAGGUAAAAUCUGCACCAAGAUUCAAAAAAGAGAUGGUCGAUGUUAUUGCCAAAGAUGGUCAAACUCAAGCAGAAUUCUCCAUCGAAGUUGCUGGCUACCCGAGACCUACUCUCCAAUGGUACAUUAAUGACGUCGAAAUUACGGAGUCGAAGAAAGAAUAUUCAAAGGUUCAAGAAGGAGAUGUUCAUAAAUUAAUGAUUAAUAAUAUCAAAGUUGAACAUUCUGGUCGUUACACCUGCAAAUUGAAGAAUGAAUAUGGAACCACUUCUAGUAGCUCCAAUUUAAUUGUCUAUUGUAAACCAAAAAUCGUUAAAAAGUUUGCUGAUCAGAAAUUGAAGGAAGGAGAAACAUUGAAGCUUGAAGUUCAAAUCUCAGGAACUCCAGAUCCAACUAUAAGGUGGUUCAAAGAUGGUCAAGAGGUAUCAGCUGAUGCCAGAAUUAAAAUUACAAGAGAUAGCAAUCGUAAAGAGUCUUAUGAUCUUACUGUAACCCUCCUGAAAGGAUCUGAUGGUGGUGCUUAUGAAGUUCGAGCUGAAAAUGAAAUGGGUCAAGUGACUUGCAAGAAUAAAGUCAUCGUGCUAACUAAAACAGAAGAAACUACUGAGCAGGAAGAAGAAGAAGAAGAAAAAGAAGAGAAAGUUGUUGAAGAAGAAGUGUCUGAAGAAAAAGAAGAAGUAGAAUCAGGGCCGGAAGGUCAUAAUAUUCUGGAGAAAAAGAAUAUCGAGUUAAUCAAAGGCAAGGAUGGAGAUACGAUAACUAUAUCAGUGGCAUCUGUAACAGAACAUGAAGCUACUAUAUCAGGUCCUGAUGAGCGUCACACGAUCAGCAAGCUGACAACAACAAAGGUCGAAUGCCAGGAGAUACAUACUGAUGAACCUCAAGUUGAAGAAAUAGCUUCGUACACUUUUACAAUUAAAGAAGAAAAUGAAAAUAUUCCACAAAAUGGAGUUUUAGUUGAAGAAUAUUCUGAAAGCGAUGAUAAAGCUCGACUAUCAGUGAACAGAGGAGUAUCAAUUGUUUCGGUAUCAGAUGAUGAAUCUACGAUGAAGGUACUAUCACCUGGAAUUAGUACUGAUGAUGUGCCUUACGCUGAAAACUCAGAUAUGAAAUGUAAUGGAUUUGUGGAUGAAUUGAAUAAAAGUAAUAGACAUGUAGAAGAAAAAGUCAUUGAAGAUUAUGGGCCAAAUCAUGCUUUUAAAUAUACUGAGACUGUUAUUGAAGAGUGUUCAGUCAAUGAUUCUCCAAUAAUUCCAGUACAUCAGAAUGGAUACGAAAAAGCUCAAAAUGCUACAAUUGGAGACAGCAAAAUAACUCGAGAGUUUUCUAAACUUGAGAGAAUUAAUUCGAUUGAGGCUAUUGUGAUGGAUGUUCAAGUUUCACCACAAUCUCCUAGUGCUGAAAAUGGUGAUAUUUCUAUUGGAAAAUAUAAAUUCAAUCGAUCAGAGUCAAUUAAAGAACAGAAAGUUGAAGUUGAAGAACUAAACGGUCGUCAAACUCCUAAGUGGUCACGUCAAAGCUCUAGACUAGAAAAAACUCCAUCAGUUGAAGAACAGAAAGCUCAAAUAAGUAAUCAUGAAUCAAUAAAUCAAAAUGCAGAAAUAAAUAAUGGAAGCCUAUCUAGACAAAGCUCUCGAUUGAGUCGACUAAGUUCUAUGGAUUCUACUAAAGUGUCAGUUGAUAAUACGUCAAGACGAAAUUCUCAGCAGGCUGUUCUCAAUAAUAAUAAUAGUUAUGAUGAUGAAGAUGAUGAUAUUGAUGAGAAAACAAAAUCUCUUUUAGAUAGGAUUAAACGACAGCGUAGUGUUCUAGAAGAAAUUCUCGAUAAACAAGCAGAUUUAGAUGCUGAAAAUGGAGCUUUCGAAGCUGCUCCAGCAAUUGUUGAUUCUGAUUUCCAAGAUCGAACAAUAUUCGCAACCCAAAGCACUACAUUUACCAUUCAUGCUACUGGUUUACCCCGACCAGAUGCUAAAUGGUUCAGGGAUGGAAGACCUCUAAAGCCUUCAGAUAAAGCAAAACCAGGACAUACUGGAGAAAAAUGGACUCUUACAUUUAAUAAAGCUUCAGAAACUGAUACAGGAUUAUAUCAAUUGACGCUUACCAACAAACUUGGAGAAGUAAGCAUUGAUGCCGUUUUAGAAGUUGCGCCAGAAGGAGAAUUAAGAAAACCGACAUUCACGAAACCGCUGGGUGAUAUUGACGUUGAGAAAGAUGGAGCUGGUACUUUUGAAGCAGUUCUAACUGCAGACCCCAUCCCAGAUAUCAUAUGGUCUUUCGAAGGUGUUGACAUUUCCCCUGAUGAUAAAAGGUUUAAAAUGGGUAGAACAACGAAAAAAGUUGAGGACAGUCUCCAAGAGUGUACUUAUACCAUGACUAUAUCUGAUUGUACGCUCGAAGACGUUGGAAAAUACACUUUGAGAGCAGAAAAUAAAUGGGGUGAUGAUAGCUCAUCUGCUCGGUUAGAACUGUUGGUUCCACCUCAAAUUCUUGAAUUUAAAGAUUUGAAUGCAGCUGUGGAAGAAUCAUGCCAAUGGGAAAUAAUCAUCAAGUCAAAUCCUAAAGCUGAAUUGACGUGGGAAAAAGAUGGUGAAAUUUUGAGUGAUGAAAAUCGUUUUGGUUCUGAAGAUGAUUACAGAAAUAUGAAAUACAGACUAGUGAUGAAAUGUGUAGAAUACGAAGAUGCUGGUAUUUAUAAAGUGACCGCUAAAAAUUAUUUAGGAGAAGAUAGUGGCGAAGCUGAAUUAAUUCCCUACACUGAGCCUCCAGAGUUUCUUGAAGAGUUAUUCAAUGUAUCAGUUCGUCAUGAUGCUAGUGUCACAUUUAAAGUUGAGGCAAAAGGAAUCGCAAGACCAAAAAUACAAUGGCUUCUCAAUGGCGAUGAAAUUAAAAAUGAUGAACGUCAUACUAUCAAGACAGUUGUUGAAGAUCAUGUAUUCAGUACUCUUUCAAUUGAACAUUUUGAUUAUUCCGAUGAAGGUGAACUUGUUUGUGUUGCUGAGAAUCGUGCUGGCAAAGCAAAAUCAAAAUGUACAUCAUCGAUGAUUCGUAUGCCUCCAACUUUCAGCGAAUUAUUACCUAGAUCGAAACAGAUUGAAGAAGGAGAUCCACUUCAACUUAGCAUUGAAGUAGAUGGAAGUCCUUUCCCAAAAGUUGCUUGGUAUAAAGACGGUGAAAAAAUUGAACCAAAUGAUCAUAUUAAAAUUGAAACACAGCCAAAUGGUUCUACCAAACUUACUAUUGAAAAGUGUACACCAACUGACUGUGGAGCUUACAAAAUUAUUGCUAAAAAUAAUAAUGGAGAAGACGUAUCUCAAUGUGCUGUUGCUGUGAAACCUAAUCCAAGAAAACCAUCCUUCUCUAAACCUCUGGGCGACGUUGAAGUUGUUGUAGGUCAGCCUCUUAAACUUGAAGCUCAAGUUGUAGCUUUUCCAAGCCCUGAAGUUCAGUGGUUCAAGGAUGGUUUGCCAUUGAGAACAACUCCAGAAGUAGAAUUUAUUAAUGAGCCGAAUGGUUUAAUGGGACUAUCAAUUGAAAAAGUGAAACCUGAAGAUGCUGGUGUCUAUUCUCUCGUGGUGUCCAAUAACUUGGGCGAAAUAACUGGAACUGCAAACGUACAUGUAGAAGAAAAAGAAAAGAAACCAACCUUCUUAGCUACAUUACAACCAAUGACUGUUGUUGAAGGAUUCCCAGCCAAAAUGGAAGUUAAAAUAAUUGGCAAACCACCUCCAUUGAUUCAAUGGACUUACAAUGGAACUGAAAUUGUUCCUGAUGGAAAACAUAUUAAAAUAAUUUCACAACCAGAUGGAACUCAAGCUCUACUUAUUGAUAAAGUCACUUUACAUGAUGCGGGUGAAUAUGCAGUCACUGCAUUAAAUACAGAAGGAGAAGAAACUUGCAAAGGAAUUUUGAAUGUUACUGGAAAAGAUAAAACUGAUGCUCCAGAGGAAAAACCAUCUUUCGUAGGACCUAUUCGAGACACAAGCGUUGAAGAAGGUGAACCAUUAACCUUUGGAGCUUCUUUCGCUGGAAAUCCGAUGCCAGAUAUCUUCUGGACAAAAGAUGACGAGCCAGUUGAAGCAUCAGAUCGAAUUCUGUUUAUCUGUGAUGGUAAAAAAGUUGGCUUGGAAAUUAACCCAAGCACAGCAAAGGAUGCUGGGGUAUACUGCUGUCGUUUAGUAAAUCCUUCUGGAGAAGAUUCUUCAAAAGCAGUUGCGACAGUUAGAAAAGUAUUCCAGAGACCUAACUUCACUCAGAAGUUUACUGAUCUCCAACAAGUUCCUGGAAAUGAUGCUAAGUUUGCUGCAAGAAUUACUGGACUUCCAAGGCCUGAUGUUACUUGGUACUUCAAUGAUAAACCGAUUUCUAAAGACAACGAUAAAUUUAAAAUCAAAAGAGAUGGUGAUGUAUGCUGCUUAUAUAUCAAAGAUUGUUCUCCAGCAGAUGCUGGUAGAUAUAAAUGUAGAGCAGUAAAUAAAGACGGUGAAGCUUCUUGUGAAGCUCAGUUAACAGUUGCUGAUAGAAUUGACAAACAACAGAAAGUUGAACCACCAUCAUUCUUAAAGAGAAUCGGUGAUUGUGAAGUCUACAAAGGAAUGACAGCCAAAUUCACAGCUUGUGUUACGGGAUAUCCUGAUCCCACUUUUGAAUGGUACCGAAAUGACGAGCGACUUUGGCCAACAGAUCGAAUUCGAAUGGAAGAAGAGGGUAGUGGUUUGCUGAGACUGAUCCUUUUUAAUGUUGAUGAGCAUGACGUUGGAAAAUAUAGCUUGAGAAUUUAUAAUCCACAUGGAGAAGAUAUUUGUCAUGCAGAAAUGCGCUAUGACACUCUAGAACCUCGAACAAAGAAACCGUUGGCAGAUCAAUAUUCAGAAUUCGACAAAUACCGAAAAUCUGGAAUUCCUUUACCUCUAGCAGAUAGACCAAUCAUAAGUCGCAUGAUGGACCGACAUUUGACUCUAUCUUGGAAACCUUCGAUUCCAAUUGGACCUCGUGUUCCUGUUACAUAUUUGGUAGAAAUGUGUGAACUUCCUGAUGGCGAUUGGUUUACUGCUAGAUCUGGAAUUCGUAGUUGUGUCUGUGAUAUUCGUAAUCUUGAGCCAUUCAGAGACUAUAAAUUCCGCAUUCGUGUGGAAAAUAAAUACGGAAUCAGUGACCCAUCACCUUUCGCCCAAACCUACAGAUCUAAACUUAUGCCUGAUCCUCCGAAAUUCCAUCCAUAUCUUCCUCCUGGUAUUGAUUUUCGUCCUGAGACUAGUCCUUACUUCCCUAAAGAUUUUGAUAUCGAAAGGCCACCUCAUGACGGGUACGCUCAAGCUCCGAAAUUCUUACGACAAGAGCAUGACACUCAAUAUGGUGUGAAGAAUCACAAUUGCAGUCUUUUCUGGUUUGUCUAUGGUUAUCCUAAACCAAAGAUGACUUAUUAUUUCAAUAAUGAACUAAUCGAGUCUGGAGGACGUUAUGAUCAGAGUUACACUCGUAAUGGACAAGCAACGCUUUUUAUAAAUAAAAUGUUGGAACGUGAUGUUGGAAUGUACGAGGCUGUCGCAUCAAAUGAACAUGGAGAAGCACGGCAAAGAGCCAGACUUGAAAUCGCUGAAUAUCCAACGUUUAUUCAAAGACCUGAAGAAUCAUUCAUUAUGUUAAGAAGAAAUGGUCACAUUCAAGCGAGAGUUAUUGGUGUUCCUUAUCCAGAACUUAAAUGGUACAAAGAUUGGAAACCUUUAGCACCAUCGACUAGAAUAAAGAUUGAUUUCUUCGAGCCUGACACUUCAAUCUUGACAAUCAAUGAUGCUAUAGUAAAAGAUGAAGGAUUGUAUUCAAUUAGUGCACGAAAUGUGGCGGGAUCCAUUUCCUGUUCUGUGAUGAUUCAUGUUGAAGAAAAUGAACACGAAUAUGGAUAUAGAACUUACACCCGUAAUAGUGAUGUCAAGACGAAAACAAAACCAUUCGAUGACUUUUAUGAUCUCGGUGAUGAAUUGGGACGUGGAACUCAAGGAAUUACUUACCAUGCGGUAGAAAGAGCAACUGGAAAGAAUUAUGCUGCUAAGGUAAUGCACGGUCGUGGAGAAUUGAAACCAUUCAUGCUUAAUGAAUUGAAUGCAAUGAAUCAUCUGAAUCAUCGUAAAUUACUACGUGUUCAUGAUGCUUAUGAGACUGAUAGAUCUUUAAGUCUCGUAAUGGAGUUAGCCGCAGGUGGAGAGUUGGUUGAUAGUUUGACUAAGCAGCCUUUCUAUACUGAGUCAGAAAUAGCAGGAUAUAUUAGACAAAUUUUAUUGGGAUUGGAACAUAUGCAUAACGAAAGCUGGGCACAUCUUAGUUUAACACUUGGAGAUUUAUUGAUAUCACAUCCUGGAGGAGACGAUCUUAAGAUUGGAGAUUUUGGACUUGCUAGAAGAAUAUCUUAUGGAAAAUUAAUGACAUUGGUUUAUGGAAUGCCAGAAUUUGUUGCACCAGAAGUAGUCAACCACGAAGGUGUAUCAUAUGCAGCAGACAUGUGGUCUCUUGGUAUUAUCACACACAUUUUAUUGUCUGGAAUUUCACCAUUCAGAGGUGCUCAUGAUAGAGAGACUUUAUCAAAAGUUAAAAAUGGCAACUGGGACUUUGAUGAUAGAUGGUGGAUUAAUAUUUCCAGUGAAGCGAAAGAUUUUAUUCGUCGACUUUUGGUAUAUACUAUUGAUGAUAGAAUGGACGUUACUACUGCUCUUCGUCAUCCUUGGUUCAAUAUAAUUGAUAAACCACCAACAGAACCUUUCAAAAUCCCAUCAGAGAACUUGAAAAACUAUUAUAAAUUGUACAGAGACUGGUAUGGUAAUGCUUCUUGUCGCAAUUGGUAUCGCCGACGCAAGUUAAGUAGUGCUUUUGAUCAUCCUUCAAAAAUGGUCUAUCCUCCAGGAGAAAAAUAUACUCCAGAACCUUCAGUUGAACGUAGUUUCACUUCAAGAGAUAAACCUGAGCCUAGAUCAUGGGAAAAUAAAAUUCCAUCUCGCGAACCAAUUGAUACUGAAAUUGGAAUUAUCAAAAGUGAAAGUCACUAUCAAAAUGGUCCUGAUACUUAUCUUCUUCAACUUCGUGAUACAGACUUUCCAGUAAGACUUCGAGAAUAUAUGAAAGUAGCUCAUAAUCGCGGUUUAGGCUUCGCUAGAGUGUAUGAUGAUGAUGGCUUUGACUGGGGAACACCAGUAAUUCGUGAGAGAAGACGAUUUACUGAUGUCAUGGAUGAAGAGAUUGAUGAUGAGCGAAAAGCUCGUAUAAAUAAUUAUGGUGCAGCUGAUUGUCAUACUAUUAGACGUCUCCGUCAUGAAUUAGGUACUAGAUUGGAUUCGUAUGCUGAAGCUGAAGCAAUAAUGGAAACAAAGAAAGGAGGUCAUUUACCUUUCUUCCGAGAAAAACCCCAAAUUCUUCAAAUCCAAUCAGGAAAGUGUGCUCAACUUUCUUGUUACGCUGUUGGUAAUCCUAAACCAACACUCCAAUGGUUUAAAAAUGAUUUAGUAAUUCAAGAAGGCAAACGGAUUAGUAUCAUUGAAGAUACUGAAGGUAGAUCAAUUGUAAGUUUUAAUCCAGCACGAGAGCAUGAUAUUGGAAUUUACAAAGUUGUUGCUAGAAAUAAGGUUGGACAGACCGUCGCUCGAACACGAGUAGUUUUGGCAACUGUUCCUGGUCUUCCUCAAGCUCCUGAAGUUUGCGGAAUCUCCGAUACAGAAGUUUUAUUACGAUGGAAACCACCCAAAGACGAUGGAAAUUCCGAAGUUCUUUGUUACAACUUACAAUAUAAAGCUGGUGAUUCUAUUGAUUGGAUUGAUGCUGCGAGUAAUAUCGAUCACGAAUUUUAUCUAGUUAAAGAUCUUCAACCAAAUACAAGCUAUCACUUCCGUUUAGCAGCAAGAAAUAGAAUAGGCUGGAGUGAUAAAGGUUUUGAAACAAAUCUUAUCCAAACAAAACCAGAAGGAACACCUAAAAUACCUAUUAGCAGAGCGAUGAGACAUCUUCAACAUCUUACAGAAUCAGGACACGAAAUAAUACCUGAUGAAGAUAAACCUAAACUCAAGUACAAUAUUGAAGACGAGCCAAUUGAAUGGACAAUUGACUCUCAAUUUACUUCGAGGUACUCUUUCAUAUCAGAAGUUUAUAGAGGACAGUUUUCAAUGGUAGUAAAAGGAGCUGAAAAAGAAACAGACAAAUUAGUUGUAGCUAAAAUUUUGGAUGCUAGUGCAGAACGACAAGAAUUUGUUGGUCAAGAAUUCCAAGCAUUACGAUCACUGAGACAUGAAAGAAUAGCUCUUUUGGAUGCAGCUUAUUGGGCUUCUGGAUCUCCUGUGGCUGUUUUUAUUCUUGAAAAACUUCAGGGUUCAGAUGUACUUACUUACCUAGCUAGUCGACCAGAAUAUACUGAAAACUGUGUAGCUACAAUAAUCACAGAAGUCUUAGAUGCAUUACAAUAUCUUCACUGGCGUGGCUACUGUCAUUUAGAUAUUCAACCAGACAAUGUUGUUAUGGCUUCAUUGCGAUCAGCACAUGUUAAAUUAGUAGACUUUGGCUCAGCUCACAAAGUGUCCAAAUUAGGUACUGAAGUACCUCAAAAGCUUGGCCAUCAUGAAUAUAGAGCUCCAGAAGUUCUAAAUGAAGAAUUGUCAUAUCCCCAAACAGACAUUUGGAGUCUUGCUGUUUUAACGUAUGUUCUUCUUUCUGGUGUGUCACCAUUUAGAGGGAAUGAUGACAAUGAAACGAGACAAAAUAUAUCAUUUGUAAGAUACAGGUUUGAAUAUUUAUACAAAGAAAUCAGCCAUGAAGCUACCAGAUUCCUUAUGUUAUUAUUCAAGAGAACACCUAGCAAACGACCCACAGCAGAAGAAUGUCAUGAACAUAGAUGGCUUCUACCCACAGAAUUCAUGAUUAAAAAACGGGAAAGAGCGUCAUUCCCUGGUAGCAGAUUACAAGCUUACAAUCAAGAAUAUCAUGAAGAAAAGGCUAAAUUAGCUGCAAAGAAUGACAAUUUAUUGCAGGCAUUUGGAAAUAUUCGACAACUUAAUCGAUCAUACAGUACUCAAGAUGAAUUAAUUACAUCUAUCGACACUAAUAUUGAUAAUGCAGAAUAAUUUCUUUAAAUAAGUUGGUCAUUGAAAAUCUUUACGUAUUGCAUAAUUUUUUCAAUUUAUCAACAACAUCAAUAUGCAUCAAUGAUAGAUAUAUUCAGUUAUUGAAUUGAAAAUGCACGAAUUUAUAUUUUUUUUGUUAAUGUACUCAUUUGUUGAAAAUUUUAAUUUCUUCAAAGUAUUAAGUUAAGAUGAUGUACGUUAUUGUCUAUUUCGUAUUUAUUUAAAACCGAACUUUGUUAACUUAAUAUUAUUUGAAAAAUUUGUCACUCAGAUGUUAGAUCAUAAUGACAAUAACAAUUAAAAAAAAUGACUGUGAAAUUAAAUGGAGAUGAUUUAUAUAAUCUACAUAUAAUCUAUAUACUAUUGAAAUAUUUUCUUUAUUUACAAAUGUUUUGGGAGUUACAGAAUUUGUGAAAA